AUGGUGCCGCUGCUGCUGCUGCUGCUGCCCCUGCUGUGGAGGGGGUCCCUGCAGGAGCUUCCAGGGUUCGAGCUCCGAGUGCAGGAAUCAGUGGCGGUGCAGGCGUGCAUGGACGUCCUCGUGCCCUGCUCCUUCUCCUAUCCCUGGUCUCCGAGAUAUCCCUCGUAUUCCUCUGACGAACUCUUCAUCUACUGGUUCCGGGAAGGAGACCGCCAAUACGAUGAUGCUGUGGCCACAAACGACCGAAAGAAACGAGUGAAGUCAGAGACCCGGGGCCGAUUCCACCUCGUCGGGGACCCCAGGGACAACGACUGCUCCCUGAGCAUCCAAGAGGCCAGGUUGAGCGACUCAGGAGUCUACUACUUGCGAGUGGAGAGAGGAUCUGUGAGAUACAGUUACAGAGAGAAGAAGCUGAACUUGCAGGUGACAGGUGUGACAGGGAAACCCGACAUCCAGUUCCUGGAGCCUCUGGAGUCCGGCCACCGCACACCUCUGACCUGCAGCCUGUCGCUAGCUUGUGGUCAGCCACACUAUCUCCUGUUCUCCUGGGCGGGAGAUGCCCUUGAUGCCAUGAACGCAGACACCCUCCACUCCUCGGAACUCACCCUCACCCCGAGGCCCCAGGACCACGGCACCAACCUCACCUGUCGGGUGACACUCCCGGGAGCGCAGGUGACCCUGGAGACAACCGUCCAGCUCAACGUCUCCUAUGCCCCGAGGAACCUCCGCAUCAGCCUCUCCUUCAGAAACAACACAGCCCUCAAGAUUCUGCAGAACGCCUCAUCUGUUCUCAUCUCAGAGGGCCAGGCACUGCAGCUGCUGUGUGUUGCUGACAGCAACCCCCCUGCACAGCUGAGCUGGUUCUGGGGAUCCCCUGCCCUGGAGUCUACCCCCAUCUCCAGCACUGGGGUCUUGGAAAUACCACAAGCAGCGGCUGGAGAUGGAGAAGUCACCUGCCAAGCGCAGAACCCUCUGGGCUCCCAGCAAGGUUUCUUCAGCCUCUCUGUGCAGAAAGGCCCCCCUCCCUGCAGCUCUGAGACUGAGGAGCAGCAGGGCUCCUGGCCUCUGGUCCUCACCCUGAUCAGGGGGGCCCUCAUGGGGGCUGGCUUCCUCCUCACCUAUGGCUUCACCUGGACCUACUACACCAGGUGUGGUGGCCACUAGGGAGCUGGGCUGAGGGGUGUGGCCGAGCCUGCUCUCUGUCAUGAGGAGAUUCACCUGAGGAUGCAGAGCCCAGAGGACAGAUGUGGGGACAUCACUGCGAGCUUCUCCCUGGAAACUCUCGCCUCCAACCCUGUGUCAUUUGCAUCCACGAGCCUUCAUUUGUAGAGAUGACUGCGAGACAGUAGGAAGAGUCACUACCACUGAAAGGAGACUUUCUGACUUAACUCGCUUAGUAUGAGAUUACUCAUGUUUUCACAUGUAUCAAUAAUUCAUUGUUGGUUCUGCUUGGUUUUUGUCUUGAAAAUAGUAUUUUACAUAUGACUAUUCCUCCAGUUAUGUAUGGACUCUAAAAUA